AUGUCCGAGAAGACGGGCGAUGGUAUCGAGCCCGUCGCCCGGAGCAGCAGCAGCAUUGAGAACGGCAAGGUAGCAGCACAGGAUGACUCGUUUGAGGUUUUCAAGAAGCAGGAAGGCCAGGUCGACUUUCGUACCGUGGGCUGGAUCCAUGCUUCCGUCAUCUUUCUGAAGGUCAUCUUCGCGACCGGAGUCCUCACCAUCCCGUCGUCCAUGUACGUGCUCGGCGCGCUGCCGGGAGCCAUCAACGUGCUGGGGUGGCAGUUCCUCAACACGUACUGCGCCAUCAUCCAGGGCGACUUCCGCAACAACCACGCCGGGUGCCACUCGAUCGCGGACAUGGCGCACGUCGUGGGGGGCGCCUGGCUGCGCGAGGUCGUGGGCGUCUUCUUCCUGGUGACUUUCGCGAUAGUCGGGGCGUCGGGCAUCGUGGGGGCGUCGACGGCGCUCAACGCGCUGAGCAGCCACGGCAUGUGCACCAACAGCUUCAUGCUGAUCUGCACGGUGGCCGUGUUCUUGCUGGCUUCGCUGCGCAAGUUUGAAAAGAUUGCGUGGCUGACGUGGGCGGGCUUCGCGUCCGUCUUUGUGGCCGUCUUCAUCGUCGUCGUGGGCGUCACGCAGCGUGACCGCCCCGCCGCGGCGCCGCAGACAGGCGACUAUGACUUUGGCUACCACGUCAUUGGCAACCCGACCUUUGUCGCCGGCAUGACGUCGGUCGCGUCCAUCUUCUGCUCCGGCGCCGGCACCUCGGCGUUCCUCCCCGUCAUCUCCGAGAUGCGCAGGCCCCGCGACUACAAAAAGUCCGUCUACCUGUGCAUGGGCAUCGUCACGGCCUCCUACCUCGCCUUCAGCCUCGUCGUCUACCGCUACUGCGGCAAGUGGGUGGCCUCGCCCUCGCUCGGCAGCGCGGGGGACACCAUCAAGAAGGUCGCCUACGGCGUCGGCCUCGCGGGCCUGCUCGUCUCGGCCUGCCUCUACAUCCACGUCGCGGCCAAGUACAUCUUUGUCCGCCUCCUGCGCGACUCGAGGCACCUCCAGGCAAACUCGCUCGUCCACUGGGCCGUCUGGCUGGCCUGCACCCUCAGCAUGUCCUUCGUCGGCUUCCUCAUCGGCUCGGGGAUCACCAUCUUCAACUACCUGCUCGCCCUCGCCGGCAGCCUUACCUUUGCGCCCCUCGCGCUCGGCCUGCCGGGUUACCUGUGGAUCUACGACCACAGGGAGUACCGCAACGGCAAGCCCUGGCAGGUGCUGGUCUACUACCUCAACUGGGCCAUGAUUGGGCUCGCCGUGUUCCUCACCAUCGGCGGUACGUACGGUGUCGUGCAGAACAUUAUCGACGCGUACGCCAGGGGGGAGAUCGACCAGGCCUUCUCGUGUGCGGACAACAGCAACUCUUCUUGAGAGUGCUUGGCAGGAGGACAUAUACGUACUUAGAGACUGUUUGUCACUUGUCGGAGUCACAGCGUUCACGAGCACCAUAGAAUCAAUUCCC